GGAACUCAUGCUACAGCCGCUUCCGUCUCAUUAGUGGAUGCUGGGCGUCUUUGGGUCUGGUUAAAAUUUGAAUGAGUUUCUGUCUCGACUCUUUGGAUUUUUCUUUUUGCGUUCCCUCUCGCGUGCGUUGUAAGCAGGCGGGCAGCGGAAUCGACCUAAUUUCUUCUCCAGAGAAGCAGUGCAAUCUCGGGAGCUGAGCCCUUUCAGUGGGGAUAAAAUGAUGAUAAACGUCACAAACAGAGCUCCUGUGGGAUGACAGGAACUGCGAGUAUUUCAAGUCGAGCUGCUUAGACCUAACUUGGUUCCAGAGGAUACCCAAACAAAUAUCAUGAUGAACAGCAAUGAGCAAAGCAUUGCCACAGCACCACAGAAGUUAUUAAGUCCAAGUCGGAGUUCCAACAGCUGUCUUAGACCAGAUAUUCGCCAGGAUAGCUGGGAGAUUGUGGAAGGACUUCGAGAUAGUAUGAGUUACAUCCAAGAACCUCAGAAGCAAGAAGGCUACUUGCUGAAGAAGAGAAAGUGGCCCCUCAAAGGCUGGCAUAAGCGAUACUUCUCUUUAGAUAAAGGGAUCAUGAAGUACUCAAAAUCUCGUUCUGAUAUUGAGAAAGGAAAACUUCAUGGAUGCAUUGAUGUUGGCCUGUCUGUGAUGUCAAUAAAGAAAAAAGCAAAAUGCAUUGAUAUAGAUACAGAAGAGCAUAUAUAUCAUUUGAAGGUGAAAUUCCAAGAGUCCUUUGAUGACUGGGUAGCAAAGUUACGUCAUCACAGACUGUACCGCCAAAAUGAAAUUGCCAAGUUCCCACAUGAUAUGUCUAAUCACUACUUCACAAUCUCAUCUACUGCAGACUCCCCACCCAGCACUAUGGACUCCCCUUCUUUUAGAAAGUUGCAGAGAGGCAGCCUAACUAAGCAGAUGUCAUUCCACACCAGUCCGGGUUUUCCCCUGGCUUAUCCCAACAGCCAGUCUAAGGUGGCAGCAUGGUUGCAAAAUUCUGAAGAUAUAGAUAAAUGUUCAAAAGAUCUUUCUCAGUGUCAUUCAAAUUUAACAGAGUUAACGCAGCUUUUACAAAAUAUGGAAGUUAUUCAUAGGACAUACUCAGCACCAGUUAUAAAUGCUAUUCAGGGAUAUGUUUUUGAAAGUCCCAAAAAGGAAAAACCUGUUCAGAGAAGGUGGCGCACCAAGAGUUUUGGGAAAGAUGCUAAAUCAACACUACAGGUUCCUUCUAUCUCGGCCAGUCCAAUGCGAUUGCAUGCAUCAAAUCCUAACCUCUCUGAGGUAUUUCAAGGAGAAACCAAACCUUUUUCAGAUGGUUCAGAUCUGCCUUCAGAUUAUUCAAAACUGCAAGAAGACUUCUGCAACAUUGCCCAUGAAGUUCACUCUGCUUUAAAGUCUGUGUUCAAUUCCUUGGUAAUUGAAAAAGAAAAGUUCAAACAGUUGAUAUCAGAACAUGAUGCUUGCCACGCACCAUCUGCACAGAUAAUUGGUCUGAAGACUGCCUUAGCCUCGGCUUUAGCUCAGAAUGCAGAGCUCAAAGGCCGGCUGUGCAGGAUACAUGCUGAGUCUAGACUGGUAGACCCAGCUGUCACUGUAUAUUCAAGUCCAGGUUCAGUUAAGCAGCAAGAUCUUGCUCAAGCAACCAAUCCUCUGGUCCAUCAACUCUCGAAUGAAAGCAGGGUUUCUCGAGCAGACUCUCUCUGUGAGUUCUUUGAUGCACAGGAAGUCUUGCUGUCAGCGAGCUCAUCAGAGAAUGAGGCCUCAGAUGAUGAUUCAUAUGUCAGUGACAUAAGUGACAAUGUUUCAGAGGAUAACUUGAGCACCGACGCAGAAACAAAUGCUCAGAAUACAUGUCCUGCUCAAAAUGGUACAAGUCACAAUGUUAGAAGAAGAUCAUGCCUGCCUGCUCCCGGACCAACCAAUAGUAACAUAAGCUUGUGGAAUAUUCUAAGGAAUAACAUAGGGAAAGAUCUUUCUAAAGUUUCCAUGCCAGUUCAAUUAAACGAACCAGUGAACACGCUGCAGCGCCUCUGUGAAGAGCUGGAAUACAGUGAGCUACUGGAUACGGCAUCUCAAACUGAUGACCCAUUUGAAAGGAUGGUUUUUGUAGCAGCUUUUGCAGUUUCAGCAUAUGCAUCUUCAUAUUACAGAGCUGGAAGUAAGCCAUUUAACCCAGUUCUAGGGGAGACAUAUGAAUGCAUAAGAAAAGAACAAGGCUUCUGGUUUAUUGCUGAACAGGUCAGCCACCAUCCUCCAAUAUCUGCAUGUCACGCUGAAUCAAAAACCUUUACUUUCUGGCAAGAUGUGAGAUGGAAGAACAAGUUCUGGGGUAAAUCAAUGGAGAUUGUUCCAGUUGGUACAAUUCAUGUAACUCUACCAGUGUAUGGAGAUCAUUAUGAAUGGAGUAAAGUAACCUCUUGUGUACACAACAUUUUGAGUGGACAGAGGUGGAUAGAGCAUUAUGGAGAUAUUCUCAUUAAAAAUACAAAUAGCAGCAUUUGCCAGUGCAAGUUGACAUUUGUGAAGGCAAAAUAUUGGAAUUCAAAUGUUAAUGAGGUUGAGGGGACAAUAAUGGACGACAGUGGAAAGGUAGUAAAUCGACUGUUCGGGAGAUGGCAUGAAGGUUUAUAUUGUGGAAAACCCCCAUCGGCAACCUGCAUCUGGAGACCAAAUGCCAUGCCAAAAGAUUUUGAGCAGUACUACGGUCUCACCAAAUAUGCACUAGGAUUGAAUGAACUGGAACCUGAUGAAAAGUUAUACCUGCCACGCACUGAUACAAGAUUCAGACCUGAUCAAAGAUGCUUGGAAGAAGGUAACAUAGAGGCUGCAGAAGCUCAGAAAGAAAGAAUUGAACAGCUUCAAAGAGAAAGGAGGAGAAUUCUUGAAGAAAACAACAUGACACAUCAACCUCAUUUUUUUAGACCAUCUUGUGAAGGUGAAAAGGAAAUGUGGGUGAGCACUGGAACCUACUGGGAACUUCGGAAGGAUCCAGGCUUCGACAAGCUUGACAGCCCGAUACUUUGGUGACAUUGUAACACUUUGUUUCAUUCUAUGUUUCAUGGGUAUUGUCAUUUAUUUAUUACUAAUAUAUCUGUACCAUCUUCACUUGGUAAUCUUCAAAUAUGUGGUCAUUUCUCUAUUUAUUCAUUCUACAUUUGGAAAGGUAUUAAAACUUAGCUCUGACUGAUUUGAUGCCUUAACAAACUGCAGAAUCUAAAACUUGUGCAAUCUUUGCUUCAAAUAUAACUUUAAGCAGUGCAGAAUUUGAUUAUUUACAAGAUACAUAGCACAAACAGUAGGUGCAUAAUAUAUAAAUAUUUAUUGCUUGCAAAGCGAAUGAACAAAUGUCCCUCUAUAAACUAGUAUCUCAACAUGUUAUUGUGGUGUUCCUUUUAUUAAGGCACGUAGCAUGCUUCCAAUACUGAAUUUAUUCCAAGCAAAGUACAGAAUCAUUGAAUGGCAAUGGCAUGCAUCCAAGGUACAUUGAUAGUCAGAUGUAUUUACAUAAUGUACCUGCUUUGAAAAUAGAACACUCUAAGAUCCUUCAAAUAAAACAUUCCUACGAUGAAAAAUUGUCAUGAAGAUCAUGAACCUUCUGCUACAUUCAGACCAAUGCUGACAUCAGCACAAAACUACAUUUAAAGCAUUUUUUUCCCUGGUCUUUCUGCUUGUUUCCUUCCCUGUCCUCACCAAUUCGGGAAAAAAAUGUACCGGAGCUUGUGGAAGAAUGUUGAAAAACCAAAAGAGAGCUUGAUGCAAGUGAUUUUAACCCUUGCCUAGUAACUGGAAACAGAUUCAAAAUUUGCACUGAUGUCUAUUUUAACCCAACAAAAUCUUGUCAAUGCGUGGAAAUACAUUUUUAAACUUAUCUAAUUAAGAUGCGCUGAAUGCACACCCAGUUUAAGGAAGGUCAAUGGUCCAUGAAUGCAGAGGUGUAAAUGUUGGAUUUUUUUUUUCACAAAUUUUCCUGUGUCUACUACAGCUCAGUUGGUAGUGCCCUCAUCUCUGAGCUGCAUGAUUCUAUGUUAAGGUUCAUGCUUUGAAUGCACAACACCAAAGGCUGACACUCCAUAGUGUUGCUGAGGGAGUACUACAUUGUCAUUCAGCUUAAAUAUUAUAACUAAGGCUCCAUGUGCCCGUACAAGUGGAUGUAAAAGGUCCCAUGGCACUAUUUUGCAGAAGAGCAGGAGUGUUACUUCUUCUGUCCAGACCUAUUACUCAAUCAACAUUCUUAAAACAUUGUUAGCCACAUGCACACUUUAAAAAAUGUUGGUGGAGUUUGGUUAUUAAUCUACGAGACAACCUAAGAAGAAGCACUUAAAUUUGUAGAUACUUCUGCUUGAUCACAGUUGCUAAUAUGUUGAUAUACAACUGAUCCUGUAUCAAAUAUAAACUUGUCUGUUACAGCACAUAAAGUAGGCCCUGGAAAGCUGUUGAUGGGUUUUACCAUUCUGAAAAUGUGCAGGAUUUUUUUUUGUACACAUUCUACCUCUUUCAAGAAAGCAAAUAAUUUUAUCUUGUCAGGCUCUUAAUGCUGCACGUGAAUCCCCUUUUGCCUUAACUAACUCACUCUUCGAGAAAACUGUGGCCUUUUUGAUAUGAUGACAGGACAAUCCUCAAACCACAAGCUUAUCAGAAGGGGAAACUAUUUCCUUCUAUUUUGACUUCCUGUUUUGUCAGCUGUGAAUUGACCUGCAAUUUAUCAUCAGCAAGAUUGUAACAAUGGUAAUGCGCAUGAGUUGCUGGCAAGAUGUGUACUCUACUUGGGGCUAAUCUGUUUUACUUCACUGAGCCUGCUUUCGUUUCUCUUUCCCACUUCUCAAAGACAGAAUGAUAGUUAUGUGGUAACUUUGUGUAAAAUGCCAUCUAGUGGCAGGUCUCUCUCAUGUAAAAUGAGCUAGUGAUUCUAUGGGAGGUAUGCAACAUUUAAGUCAAAAACUACAAUAUUGGAUUUAAAGUAAUGGAAUGCAAAUUUUAUUUGCGGUAUAAUUGAGUUAUAGUGCCAUUAAAAUGUAACAUCUUUUCAAAAAUAUAGCAGUUUACAAUGUGUUGAAUGAGUUGAAAUGUACGAUUGAAGUGAUACUUUGAGUGCAUUCGUGCAAACAACUUGUGUAGUUUUUUAAUGUUUACAUAUGAUGCUGCUUUUCUCCAUUUUAUGUUGUUGAAUCAUUUAUAAGAUAGGAAAUGAUUUUCUAACUGAUCAAUAUUGCUUCAUAGCGCUGUACAGCACAAUAACUUUGAUAAAACCACAAUUUGGCAAUUUCCACCAUUCUCUGAUUGCCUGUCAAAGGAUUGUUUUAAAGCUUCAUUACAGGAGAAUUCAGAAUGUUGAUGUAAGUGCCUAGAAUUAACUGUUCCAGGUAGCUAGUUUUAGUGUUUUUGAUGAGUCCAUUUGUUGUCAUGAGUAACCCUGCAAUUUGUCAUAACAAAUAAUCACCUGGAAGGGCACAAUUUAAUGUGAGUAUUCAGUUAGGGGAUUACCCUUCUCAUUCCACUUCACUACUUAAAUAGUUUAAUUCUUUAAAUAGGAUUAGUACUUCUAAACACACUGUCAUUUUCUAAGCAACAUUAAUUGUCAGUUUGUGUCGCCUGAAAUCAGUGCAUAAAUAUGAAUUAUGAUGGCCAGCCAAGACAUUGGAUGACCACCUCCAAAUAUUGUACUUUUUAUGGUUUUAAAUCGUUUCUUGCACUAUACUGCAUUUCCAAAAUGUGAAGAUUAGUUACUUGUUCCCAGUCUUGCACUACUUACUAAACACCAUCUGUUGGUUCCUUGCUUUUUAUUUUGUUUAUCCUCCCCUCCUAAAUCCUGCCUUAUACUUCCCUGUCAGGAACACGCAAAUUAGAACUCAAACUAAUUUUUCAUAUUUUCAGUACUGAUAUUGGAUGAGAAUCGUUUUUGUUCUAAACUUAAUUCCAUCUAAAAAGGAACACAUUCAGUUUCUCUCAGCAAUGCAGAGUUUAAUGGCCCUCUUGCAUUCACAUUUCAGAAAGUUGAAAUUUUACUGCGCUGCAGUUUAAUUUACUGAUGGAGGAUAUCAGCAGCUUAUUGCCAGACCGCACUUUUUCCUCGGUUUUUAAACUGACUCUUAUUUAGUAGUUACUCUUGCUGCUCACUCAAGUGAUCUCAAGAUUGUGUUACAGAAUUUAUCCUCUGAAAGGUAACAAAGGCUUAGGUCCGAACUGCUUAUAACUCCCAUUUCAAAUUCUGCAAACCAUUAAUAUAAAAUAUUGCUCACCUUAAGGAGAUAUUUACACUUUUUGUUUACAAUUUGUAUGCCAACAUUUAUUAUUCAGAUGUUCUAAGCACCAAAAAAAGUCUGAAGCUUGUAGGAGGUGGGAGAGGAGUUGUGUACACUGAUUCCAUUUGAAGGAACUAAAAUGCAGAAACUGAUUUGUAGAUUUAAUUCAUUAUGCUUUUGUAAGGGGAAGAUGGCUACAAUUCAGUAUAUAUUCUGUAUCUAAGUUAUUAAAAAAUAAACUGGUUUUACUGGAA